AUGGCGCUAACAGUGGCAACACUGCUGCAUCAGCCGCACCCAGAACAGCAGCACCAGAAGCAGCAGAAGCAUCAACCGCCACAGCAGGAGCCAGCACCAGCACCAGCACCAGCACCACCAGCAGCAACAGCAGCAGAAACAGCAGCAACACCAGCACCCGAAGCACCAGUCGCAGCAGAAGCAGCAGCAGUGGUGGUGGGAGCAGGGUGUGCGUCAGGGCAAGUAGUGGCAUGGUGGGUGCAGUGGGGGAGCGAGUGGGGACGAGUGGGACAGACGGGUGGAAGAGGGGGGACGAGCAGGCGGAAAGGGGGACAGAUGGGGAGCGGAGCUGGGGCAGGGGGAACAAAUAGGGAGGGUGCGGAACUGGCUAGUAAAGUGGGGAAGAGGGGAAAGGGAGAAGGGAUUGGAGAAGUGGGUGGGUGCGUGAUGGGGGGAGGAUGGGCAGAUGCGCAUGCAGCAGCGGUGACAGGGGUGCAGGUGGUGGUGCGAGGCAUGGGACUAGCAGCGCUCUACUCUUGCUCCCAGGUAAGCACUUAG